ACCUCCAGUUUUAACCGGGAGACUCCGGUCAUCAGAGCAAGCAAACCAAUUGUACUUUUGUAGUUUUUUUUACUUCUUCCGUAGCGUCUCCAACUUUUCUGUGUUCGUUGUUAAACAUGUCGUCGCCGACCAAUUUUUCAGGCAAAGACUCUCACACGCAUGUAAGGAGUAAAACCAACCCAGGAUUCCUGCAAAGAUUGAGUGACACUGCAGGAGGAACGUUAGUCGGAGUCGGCCUGUUUUUCCUCUCCAUAUAUGUUCUCUUCACGAAUGAGGGCCGAGCUUUGAGGACGGCAUUGUCCCUGGACGAAGGUCUCGCUCAGGUUGUGUCAUUGGACACUUUUGCCAGCCUUGACCUGCAGAACAACAAUCGCUUGGUUCACCUGUCUGCACAGCUACGCACCUUACAGCCCCUGCAUGACCCCAACUACGGAGUAGCAGUGCAGGCGGUGAAGUUGAAGAGGGAGGUGGAGAUGUAUCAGUGGGUGGAGUACCGGGAGAGCAAGGACUACCAAGAGAAUGGUGAAACCAAAACCGAAACCACGUACUCCUACAACACAGAGUGGAAAGCAGAGCUGAUCAACAGUCGCAAUUUCGAUAAGGAAAUUGGUCACCAGAAUCCAAGUGCCAUGGCAGCAGAGAGCGUCACAGUCGUGGCCCCCCAAGUCCGAGUGGGACCUUUCACGCUGUCUGAAGGACUGGUGGAACAGGUUAAUAACUUCCAGACGCUGAGUCUCAGGGAUUUUACGUCGUCUGACUCGGACCCUUUCUUCACCAUCAGUGACGAUUACUUCUACCACACUCAGAACCCAAAGAGGCCAGAGGUCGGAGAUGUCCGUGUGAGGUUCUCCUUUGCGGGACUCAGCGGUGAGACGUCUGACCUCGGCCCGGCCCAAACUGUCAGCGUUGUGGCCAAGCAGAGAGGAGAGAAGCUGAUGCCCUUCAGAACCAAGUCAGGCGAUAUCCUGGAGAUCUUGUACCUGGAAGAGCUGUCUGCAGAGGAGGUGUUUGCCAGGGAGCAGCAGUACAACAACAUGAAGACGUGGGGACUCCGAGCUGCGGGAUGGGCCCUCAUGUUCCUCAGCAUUCAACUCACCACGCGCAUCCUCUACACUCUGGUGGACUGGGUUCCCAUCCUCAGAGAGCUGGUGUCGGUGGGGUUGAAGAUCUUCGCCCUGUGCGUCUCCUCCUCGCUCUCUCUCCUCGUCAUCGCAGUCGGUUGGGUGUUUUAUCGCCCGCUGGUGGCAGCAGCUUUGGGAGCUUUGGCUCUGCUACCGCUGCUUUUAGUACGAUCAGGACUUCCAGCCAAGAAGCACCAGUGACGAAUAAUCUGACAAAGUUUGAACGUCACGUUAUAAUAGAGCAAAAUGUUCACAAUCUGCACGUUAUGCCAGUGUUUACAUAUUUACAUUUAUGCAGUACAAUGAAGUAAAUAAAUGCGCUUUAUAAUAA